AUGCUGUCCGCGCUCCCGCUUAUACUUGAAGAACGAAGGAAGACGACCGGAGAUGGUCGAGAAGAAGAAGAAGAAGAAGAAGAAGAAGAAGGGCACUUCGUGCCCGAGGAGGAAGAGAAGACCACGCUCACUUCGUUCGCGUUUCGACUACACUACACUACCCGCACCCGCGCCCCGGCGAUGGUCAUGGAUCUACGAGACCUGCGCGCUGGGGCGCGCCCACACACUCGUUGGUUCCUGUUUCAACUCCCCUACGUUCGACAAGCAAAAAUUGUCUGCUGCCGUUGGUUUUCUGGCAGGCCAUGGGCUUUUGACGCAUCCCGUCUCAUCAUUCCUCCUUUGCCUUCUGAGGAGGAAGUCGUUUGGUUUCGUAACUUAUUUAAUGUUCGCCUAGAACACGAAAUAUGUCUGGAUUGGUUCAAUAAAUUAUUACUUUCGUCUCUCUGCUCUUGCGUGCCAGUGCACCUGUCCUCCAUCAACAUUCAAUCACUCGUGCUGCAGGUCGUGCCUUGGCUUAUCCUCUCCCAGUCCACAGCGCGAUACCGAUACGCGCUCGCAAUCGCAAUCUAA